AUGUCCCAGAACAUGACCGACGAGGAACUUGAUCGCGACUGGCAGCCCAACGGCCGUCGUCCCCAAUCAACCCUCGCUCGGUCUUUUUCCCAGGAGCUCGGGGAUAUUUUCCGCAUCGAGAACAGUGUCAAUGAUCUCGACGAGAGGCUCGGCGAAAGGAAGAAAAAUGUCAAAUCGCAAGAGACCGAACUCGAGGCCCUCGAACGCCGCAUCCGCGAGAUGGAGCAGAGACUGAAGCGCGGCUCCAUCAUCGGCCACCCUCGUCCAGCCCUGCCGACCGCCGACGCCGACCCGACCGCCAACCGGGCCAACGAUGGAGCCCAGGCCCAACCACCCCCGCCGCCCCCGAAAGAUGACUCCUCCGUCCCCGCGGACAAGCCGAGAUCACGUCCAGGUACGGCGCGUCAAAACCAGCCUCCCGCUCCGUCCUCGGCCAACAUGCCACCCACUCCCACCGCCAGCGAAGGUGAAUACCAUUUUGUCGGCAAGGACGACCUUGACGAUCAUUUCCCCCUUUGCCCUGUCAUUCCACCCUCCGAGCCGUUGACGCGUUGA